UAUCCCUAAACGGUAGGCUUGCACGCGUACGUCAUAUCCGAAACAAUAAUAUGUUCGGCUAAAGACAGUUGGUUGUCUUGAAUGGCUUUGUUGCAUACAGCAGGUGUAAAUACUGAGGGAUAAACUCAUCGGAUGAACGCUUAAUCCAGCUUUAAAAGGCCCAGAGUAAUAGUUUCCGAUACCAUGAAUUUCUCAGAUGUCCUCAAACAGUCCAAUCAAUUGUGCAAAAUUUCUCCAGAUGGAAAAUAUGUGGCCACCUGUGUUCAGUAUCGUCUGAUGGUGCGGGAUAUCAUCAAUCUUCAGAUUGUGCACCUGUACUCAUGCCUGGACCAAGUGAUGCACAUUGAAUGGUCCUCCGACUCUAUGUUCAUCCUUUGUGCCAUGUACAAGAGAGGACUGGUACAGGUAUGGUCACUAGAGCAGCCAGAUUGGCAUUGUAAGAUAGAUGAGGGUUCAAUCGGACUCGUCUCAUCACGCUGGAGUCCUGACGGGCGUCAUAUUCUUAAUACUACUGAGUUUCAUUUGAGAAUAACUGUCUGGUCCCUAUGCACAAAAUCUGUAUCCUACAUCAAGUACCCUAAAGCCUGUCAGAAAGGAAUGGACUUUACAUCUGAUGGCCGUUACAUGGCUCUGGCGGAGCGACGGGAAUGUAAAGACUACAUCAGUGUGUUUGUGUGCGAUGACUGGCAUCUUCUCAGACAUUUCGAGAGUGAAACUCAAGAUUUGGCCGGGCUGGAGUGGUCUCCGAACGGCUGUGUGCUUGCAGUGUGGGACAGCUGUCUCGAGUAUAAAAUGUUAUUAUAUUCGCUGGACGGCCGUCUGUUGUCCUCAUACAGUGCCUAUGAGUGGUCUCUUGGCAUAAAGUCAGUCACAUGGAGUCCCAGCAGCCAAUUCCUGGUCAUUGGCAGUUAUGACGAGAAGGUUCGUAUCUUGAAUCAUAUCACCUGGAAAAAGAUCAAAGAGUUUGACCAUCCAGGAACCAUAAACAACUGUAAAAAAUCCGUAUAUAAGGAAGUGGAGCAAACUACUGUUGUGGGUGGUGACAAUCUUUCUAUUCAUCAGUUGACGGCGGGUAACUCCCUCUUCAGCCCAAAGAGCAAAUAUGAGAUUACACCACUGCCAGCCCAGCUACCAGUGAUCAAACCAGAUCUCGACCGUGCCAACCCUAAAAUCGGCAUCUCUGCGAUGGCUUUCAGCACGGAUAAUCGCUACUUGGCUACAAAGAAUGAUAACAUGCCUCAGAGUCUGUGGUUGUGGGACAUGCAGAAACUCUGUCUACUGACUGUACUGGAACACACGGCUCCAAUACGGUGCUUUAUCUGGGACCCAAGCAGACCCCGACUGGCUCUUUGCACCGGAAACACCAAAGUUUAUCUCUGGUCAGCAGCUGGUUGUUUGUCUGUGAAUCUGCGUGUGGAAGGCAUUUUUCAGGUUCAGUCUCUGUUAUGGCAUCCCAGUGGCAGCUCAAUCGUCUUGUUGUCAAAGGAGCAGUUCUGUAUAUGUUACAUGGACUCCGAGGAUUAAAAGUAAACCAAAGCACUACAUCAUUCAGUACUUCCAGAACUGUAGGACCGGUUUCUAUGAAUCCUUAAAUAAGAUAAACUGCUCUCGUAUGAUUGUGACCUUCAUGGAGAGAUCUACAAAACACUAGUGAACACAUUGUGCCUACAAUAAUACAUCAGCAUGUCAUCUUGUAUUUUUACAUUUACUGGGGUUUUUACUGGAUUAUUUCAUCUCCACUAAUAUAUACAUAAUGAAAUGUUCCAAAGUUAAAUGAUAAAUCAAAAUUCAAUAGUCUUUGUCAUUACAAGUAUAAUUCUACCCACUAAAGCUGAAAAAUGUGAUAGUGAAAAGUUUGUAUAACCUGACAUGCUUUUCAUCACUAUAAACAUAGCUAUUAUGCAUUAAAGGGACAUUCCACUUUUUUGAAAAUAUGCUGAUUUUCCUCUAAAGUUAAACAUUUGAUUCUCACCGUUUUGGAAU